GAAGUGCAAAGUUCUCACAGGGAGUCGGAGGUGAUGGAUGCAUAGAAGAAGAACGGAAGAAGAGAGGGCAAGGGUUGUUUGGUGUUUGCUCAAUCGAAUGGCAAUUGCGACAAAUCUAAUUCCGGUGACACAACUGAUGAACCCUGCCACAUAGAACCAGAAGAGCAGUGUAAUUUUUCUUCUCGCAAAAACGAGAGCGGUUGUGGUCUCUGGAAAUGGGUGAUCCGAAUCUGGAGUUGCAGGAAGCCGGUUGGGAGGAAUUGAGGAAGGAGGCCAGAAAGAUCGAAGGGGAUCUCGAUGUCAAAUUAUCUUCCUAUGCGAAGCUUGGUACGAGGUUCAACCAAGGAGGUUAUGCGGAUACUGGGUCACCAACUCUUGGGUCCAGCAGAUCAUUUAAGUCUAUGGAUAUGGAGAUUCAAUCAUUGCUUGAGAAGCUAGUUGAUGCCAAUGAUGCCAUGAGUCGAUGUGCUGCAUCUACCACACCCACAACAUCAGUUACGCAGAAGUUAGCAAGGCACAGAGACAUACUUCAUGAGUUUACACAGGAAUUUAGACGAAUCAAGGGAAACAUAAACUCCAUGAGGGAGCAUGCUGAGCUUCUUAGUUCUGUUCGUGAUGAUAUCAGUGAACACAAGGUUUCUGGAAGUAUGUCACCUAGAAUGCAACUACUACGUGAGAGAGCUUCAAUACAUGGAAAUAUAUCUCAUAUUGAUGAUGUCAUCAAUCAAGCACAAACUGCAAGGUCAGUUUUGAGCUCUCAGCGAUCGUUGCUAGGUGAUGUUCAAGGGAAGGCUAAGCUACUGAGUGAAAAGUUUCCAGUUAUUCGUGGCCUUCUUGGUGCCAUCAGAAGGAAGCGAUCUAAAGAUACCCUUAUCUUAUCUGGAGUCAUUGCUGCUUGCACACUAUUCCUGAUUAUCUAUUGGCUUUCAAAAUAGAGACAUAACAAACCGUGAUCCGGGAAAAGAGGAGAUGAGAACACUACACAUCAGCAGGAGUUUUGCAGCUUGCAUUUUGUUUGAAACAAGAUGAAUAGAUCGAUGAAGGAAGCUUGUUGUUUCAAUAUGUUUUUAACACUAGAAUCACUUGAGUUGUGACUUGGCCCAACAGGGAUAAUGAUUUUGAGUUAUUCCAUUUCCUUU